CUCCCUCAAACGUACCGCCGCUGCCGCAGCCACCGACGCCACCGACGUUGUCGUCAACGUAUUCGCGCCGCCGCCACCGUUGCUCCAGUUGCAGCGUGCACCGGACGUGUCGUCAACACGUACACCAUCCACACACACGGUCGGGACUAUAGUGGACGACCGACGGACAACGUAUUAUUGAAAAUAUUAUUAUAAUAAUUCGGUUACGGUUAAUAUUUCGAUAUUAUUACAAUAAACUAUACGACAAUUGUAUGAUACGGUGUCGCCGCGUUUUAAAUUCGCGGGCUCGCCACUUGCGCGUACUACACGGCACGCAACUCGCGUACUCGUUAUUGUACAUACGCCCACACGUAUAUAGAAUACAAUAGAUCGCCGCGUUGCCGCUUAACCUAUACCGUGGGACAGCGGGACAUGAAUCUGGUGUCCAGGCAGCAGUACGGCAGCGUCGUUUCGUCGUCGUCGCCGUCGUCGUCGUCGCGUUCGUACGGCGGCUGUGGCAAAUCGGACGACGCGACCAGCACGGACGAAGAGGCGAUAGUGGACGUUGAGCGGCCGGACACGCCGCCGCCGCCGCCCGCCGCCGCCACAAAGUCACUGUCGGCCGACGACCACCCGCGCCGCGUCUGCAUCAACGGUGGCCGGCCGGUGGCCGCGUCUGCGGUGGCCAGCGCGGCCGCGCUCACCGCAUGGCUGAACCCGGCCACGUUCUGGCGGGACUCCGAUCAGUGGCGCAACGUGUUGGUCAACUACUACCACAUGAACAGGGCCGCGGCCGCUCGUUCUGGCAGGGGCCGAGGCGCCGUCGCCACUUACCGUCCGUCCGCCGUGCCGGCCAUCUGCGGCAUCGGUCCGUCGGCCGGCCGGAAGCCGACGACAAUCUGCACGACGGGAUCACAGCCAUCACCGCCGACUACGACGUCCCAGUCCUCCACGUCUUCACGGCCGAAGAAACGGUACAUCUGCACGUACUGUCAGCGCGAGUUCAGCAAGUCGUACAACCUGCUCAUACACGAGCGCACACACACCGACGAACGGCCUUACCCGUGCGAUGUGUGCGGCAAGGCGUUCCGCAGACAGGAUCACUUGAGAGAUCACAGGUACAUACACGUCAAGGAAAAACCAUUCAGGUGUCCAGUGUGCGGCAAAGGUUUCUGUCAGUCCAGGACGUUGUCCAGUCAUCGAAGCAACAGGAAUUCUAUGUGCCUGGACACGACUGUUCUACACCAACAGCAACAACGGGACGCCGCCGGCAACGUACGUAGGCCCAAAAUGAUCACAGACUUCUCCAUAAACUCUAUAUUGAACUUGCAGUAAAUCUGCAUGUACGCAAUAGACAGUUAUAUUGUUUGUUUUUUAACCCCUCGAUUAUUUUGAUCUCAAUUGCGUAUGUGAAGUUGGAAGAAGGUGAAAGACUAUUUUAUUAUUAUUAUUAUUGAUAUAAUACGUGACUACAAAGAAUCGAUACAAUAUUGAUUAUUAUAAAUGUUUGGUACAUUACAUAUAAUAUUGUAGAAGUCUAUGUUGUAUCGUGGCUUAUAUUUAUUUCUGAUUUAUAUACACAUAUUAUACAAAUAAUGAAGAUUUAUCAUUACUAUUUUACCGCCCAUCGAUUCUUCGCCUGGAUAACAUUUUUAUAUAUGCCUACUCCACAAUGCCAUGAAUGUAACACGUCUUUUUGAAAUGACAUUUGCAUAUUAUAAUAUAUAUAUAUAUAUAUAUUAUGUAGAUAAUAGAUUCAUAUCAUCCUU